AUGGCCAAGAAUGGUAGGCUACUAUUGAAAUGCCCAGUGGUUCAGUCUGAUGUUCAGGCUAUGAAAGAAAAAAAAGGAGAGUUAAGAUUUAUUUUAGGGAACAACAAGAUGAUCCUAGGCUUUGCUGAAGGCUUCCCAACAAUGUUGAAGGAUGAAAUUGCUAUGGUGCUUGAGGUGAUCCACCUCGACCACGCCAACGUGUCCAAGAUGGAGUUGAAGGAGAGGCUCGCCAAGAUGUACAAGGUGAAGGACCGCAACACCAUAUUUGUCUUCAAGUUCCGUGCCGGUUCCACUGGCUCUGGCCUCAUCUACGACAACCUCGACUCCAAGAAGUUCGAGCCCAAAUAUUGCCUCAUCUGGGUAUGUUGUCGUCUAGCCCUUCCUUUUGUUGCGUGUAGAUACAAUGUUUUGAUACUUGGAUAG